CUCAAACGCCAUCAGAAUUCAUCGAAAAAUGCAAUGCGAAGGGUAGUAGUGACAGGACUAGGACUGGUAACGCCGUUGGGAAUAGGUGUUCGCCGAACAUGGAAACGUCUUAUUGACAGUGACUGCGGUGUCGUAUCCAUCAAAGAUAGGAGCCCUCAAUUUGCGGCCUUACCAAGUCAAGUCGCUGCUUUGGUACCUGAGGGUGCGAAAGAUGAUGGACUGUGGAAUCCUAAAGAGUAUUUGAGUCCUUCUGACGAACGCCGAAUGGCUCGAUUCGCUCAGUAUGCGAUGAUAGCAUCUGAAGAAGCUCUUCACGACUCGGGAUGGCGGCCAACGAGAGAAGAAGAUCUCGAGGCGACAGGCGUGUACAUAGGUUCUGGCAUUGGCAGUCUGGAUGAUGUGUACGACACUACUGUAGCAUACGAGAAAGGAGGCUACAGAAAGGUAUCUCCUCUAUUCGUCCCACGUCUGUUGAUCAAUCUCGCCGCAGGUCAUAUAUCUAUGCGGUAUGGUUUCAAGGGCCCAAAUCAUGCAGCUACAACAGCUUGUACGACAGGUGCUCACAGUAUUGGCGACGCAUCUCGCCUGAUUCAGUUUGGUGAUGCAGAUGUCAUAGUUGCGGGAGGUGCAGAGUCAUGCAUUCACCCGCUUGCUAUCUCAGGAUUUGCAAGGGCAAGAAGCUUGGCGACGGAAUGGAACGAUCGCCCUGCUGAAGCAAGUCGACCAUUCGACAGCAAGAGAGACGGCUUCGUCAUCGGAGAAGGUGCUGGCGUAGUUGUGUUAGAGGAAUAUGAACAUGCAAAGAAACGAGGUGCAAAGAUCUACGCAGAGGUUGCAGGUUACGGUCUUUCCAGCGACGCCUAUCAUAUGACAGCUCCUCGAGAGGAUGGUCAAGGACCGCGACUUGCGAUGAAGCAUGCACUCCGCCAUGCGGGUCUCAAGCCCAGUGCCAUUGACUAUAUAAAUGCCCACGCUACAAGCACACCGCUUGGCGAUGCUGCUGAAAACAGAGCCAUAAAGGAUCUUUUACUCGGUGAAGAAGGAAAGAGCAAAGCAUCAGAGAUCAAUGUUAGUAGCACCAAGGGUGCAAUAGGGCACCUUCUAGGUGCUUCAGGAAGCGUUGAAGCGAUAUUCUCAAUCUUGGGUAUGCAUCAUAACACCUUACCACCGACACUCAACCUCUGUAGCCCGGGGGACCCACCAAAAGAUUUCAAUUGCAAUUAUGUAGCGAAUGUCGCUCAGCAGCGAGAUAUUAAUGUUGCGUUAUCAAAUAGUUUCGGUUUCGGGGGCACCAAUGCAUCGCUUUGCUUUCGCAAAGUGUGAAAAAUUACCAAAGUUGACUGAUGAACUUGGACAACCAAUUUCAUCUGAACAUCGACUUAUAAAUGAUCACC